UAUUUGUAAUGUUCGUAUCUAUAAAUAAACAUUUUGGAUUUCCUAUAUAUUUUACCCAUCGGCCCCCUACUCCCCCAGUUUCCUCGUGCGAGAAUUAUCGUUCCUUAGACGACUACAAUCAUGGCUGAGGAAGAGAAACCUCCAAUACAACAUUCAGUAUCUAUAGCGCAAGAAAGCCCCACUAGGACUGUCUCAGUAAACCGCAACAGAUCAAUUAACCGUAAAGGUUCACAGGGAAGUCUCUACCCGGUCCCUACAAAUGAGAGUUUGAAAGGAUUGCGACGUGAUAGUCUACCACUCCCUACAGCAUCCGCUGAAAUCACCGGUGCCACAGAUCUCGUUUUGCCUCCGAAUGUCGCUUUUGGGAAGGAUCUCGAACGCGGAGAGGAUGACAUAGACGAGGACGCAGGCGAAGCCGUAAAAGAGGAAAAGGAGGAUCCUUACCUUAUCGCGGAAUUUGAGGAAGGUGACCCACGCAAUCCAAAGAAUUGGUCAAGUGCGUACAGAUGGACACUCACUUUUAUUGGUGGUCUUCUCGUUCUAAACUCGACAUUCUCGAGUAGUUCACCAUCCGGUAUUGCUUUAAACCUCAUGCAAGAGUUCACGUUUAGUAGAGAGGUUGCCACACUCGCUAUUUCUCUCUUUGUUGGUGGAUACUGCAUUGGUCCACUUCUCUGGGGACCAUUAUCUGAAGGCAAUUUGGGUAGAAAGUGGACCCUUCUUAUAGCUUUCUUCCCUUACUGGAUGUUCACCCUUGGAUGUGCCUUAGCGCCGAAUACAGCUGGCAUCCUCAUAUUUAGAUUACUUGCUGGAUGUUUCGGUGCUGCCCCAUUGGUCGUUUGUGGUGCCCUCAUUUCUGACUUAUGGGAUCCUAAGAGACGAGGAAUCGCGCUUAGUAUUUUCAGUUUAGCUCCUUUUGCUGGUCCAGCUAUCGCCCCAAUCGUCUCAGGAUUUAUCAGUUCCAGUGGUGCAGAUUGGCGUAUACUUUUCUGGGUUCUUUUUGCAUUUGCCGGAUCUUGCACUCUCAUCAUCAUUUUCAUUCUUCCAGAGACAUAUGCACCCGCGUUGCUGUCUCAAAUCGCUAAGAAAAAGCGUAAAGAAACUGGCGACGACAGAUACAAGUCACCAUUGGACUUACGUAAGAGAGGGUUCAAGAGCGAAAUGCAAAACACCGUCUUCAAACCAUUUAGAAUGCUUAUACUCGAACCUAUGUUACUUAGUUUGACCAUUUUCAUGAGUGUGGUAUAUGGUGUUCUUUACUUGCUUUUCGAGGCUUACCCAUUUGUCUUUGGUCCCGGUGGACAUAAUUUCAAUGAAGGUAUUCAAGGAUUAAUGUUCUUACCGCUAUUCAUUGGUGGAUUUAUUGCCUGUUUAAUCAACGUCUUUUACUUCAAUCCAAAAUACAUCAAAGCGGUCGAGAAACACGCACCUAAACUCCCACCACCUGAAAUACGUCUUGAGCAGGGAGCUCUUGGCGGUAUUCUUUUCGCAAUUGGAUUCUUCUGGUUCGGAUGGACAAGUUAUCCAUCUAUCUCAUUUUGGUCACCACUCAUCGCUGGUGGAUUAAUCGGAAUGUCAAUUCUUUUCGUUUUCCUUGCUCUCUUUAAUUACUUAAUUGACACUUACCUUUGGUCAGCAAGUUCAGCAUUAGCAGCUAACACGAUCGUGAGAUCUGCGUUCGGUGCUGGUUUCCCUCUUUUUGCUUCACAGAUGUUCGAAAAACUGAACCCAAGAUGGGCGUCUACAUUGCUCGGAUGCAUCGCUGUCGUACUUUCAUUCAUUCCAUUCGCGCUGAUGAAGUAUGGAUCAUACCUGCGUACCAAAUCUAAAUUUGCGCCGGAUCUUUAAUCUUAAUUCUCACAUCGAACUUCAAAUAAUAGUUAGUGCAUAAAUAAGUUAUUCUACGACGAUAUUAAUAGAUUUAUUGUAUAUCUACACAUAUCAUACUUAAUGUGUCUUUUCC